CUCUUUCUGUUUCCUUCUUCUCAGGGAAAACUGCUCAAUGCAACCUCUCUGUCUGAUUUUCUACUCCUGGAAUUCUCAGAUGUUCGGGAACUGCAGUUUCUACACUUCAUGGCUUUUCUGAUGAUUUACUUGGCAGUUGUGACAGCGAAUCUACUCAUCAUGUUUUCAGUUGCCUUAGACCGCCACCUGCACACCCCCAUGUACUUCUUGCUGAUGAACUUGGCCAUGCAGGACAUUGGUCAAGUUUCAGUCAUUGUCCCCAAAUCCAUGAUCAAUUCCCUCCUGAAUAUCAGACACAUUUCUUACUCAGGGUGCGUUGCUCAGGUCUUUUUCUUUUUCUUCUUUGCAACGUCUGAUUUUGGUCUCCUCACAGUCAUGGCAUAUGACCGGUAUGUGGCCAUUUGCAAUCCAUUACAUUAUGAGAUGGUAAUAAAUAGGCAGGCCUGCAUUGAAAUGAUUGCUGGUAUAUGGGUUGCUUGUUUUCUCUAUGCUGGGAUGCACACCUGUGGGACUUUUGCAACCCAUUUCUGCUCUACUAUCGUCAAUCAGUUCUUUUGUGAUAUCCCACAGCUAAUAAAAUUGUCUUGCUUUGGCUCAAAUAUAGUUGAAAUGAGUAGUAUUGGGAUUGGAGUUGUCAUUGGCCUAAGCUGUUUUAUCUAUAUCCUUGUAACUUACGUGCAAAUUUUCAUCACUGUGUUAAGAAUGCCUUCUGCAAAGGGGAGGCAAAAGGCUUUCUCCACUUGCAUUCCCCACCUUAUUGUCUCCUUCACAUUUUUAUUCUCUGCAUGCUUUGCCUACCUAAAGCCUGCUUCUCAGACUCCAUCACAGCUGGAUUUGAUAUUUGGUGUAAUCUAUUCUUUGGUUCCACCCCUAUUGAAUCCAGUGAUUUACAGUAUAAGAAACAAGGAAGUCAAAAAAGCAAUGGCAAAAGUUUUAGGUUUCAGGGAGUUUUCUACAAACACAUGA